AUGGAUCUUGGUCUUCAGGACGUUCACGUUCUGAUUACUGGCGCGAGUGGCGGUAUUGGGCUCGCCACAGCCCGCCUCUUCCUGAAACUCGGAGCGCGAGUGACAGCGCACUACAAUACCAAGUCCGCCCCACUCGAACCCCUCGUGCAAGAAUUUGGUCCACAGCGCGCGCGGGCCCUCCAAGCGGACCUCACGGUUGAGGCCGACGUCGAGCGGCUCUUCGCCGCAUCCUCUGCUCCCCCUUUCGGGCCGGUACAGGUCGCGGUGAUCAAUCACGCAUACUACGAGUCGCGCGACGUGCCCCUCGCGCAGAUGAGCUUGGGGCAGUGGGAAUCGACGUUCACGACGAAUGUGACGUCGUCGUUCCUCGUCACGCGGGAGUACCUGCGCGGCCUCGAGCACGUCACCGAGCAAGUGAAAGACAAAGCGGCGAUUGUAUUGAUUGGGAGCACAGCGGGCAAGCUUGGCGAGGCGGGGCAUGCAGAUUACGCCGCGUCGAAGAGCGCAAUGAUGUAUGGGCUGUGCCUCAGCCUGAAGAAUGAGAUAGUCAAGAUUGCCCCAAAGGGACGGGUGAACGUCGUUGCCCCUGGUUGGACCAGGACGCCCAUGGCGGAGAAGUCCCUUGGGGAUCCAGACGUGGUAUACCGGGCGCUCGCGACGACUCCACUGAAGAAAGUUGCGAUGCCGGAAGACGUCGCGCAUCAGAUCGUCGUUCUGUCCUCGCAGACCGUCUCGGGGCACGUUUCAGGGCAUGUCUUGAUGGUGGAGGGAGGCAUGGAGGGCCGUCUCCUGAACAGACGGGAAGAUCUGGGGCUGUAG